CGCUAAGCAACAACGCAGCAACCGAUUUCUGGUGCCCAAAUCGUCAUACCCUGUGGCAAGGUGCGUGUACAGGUAAUGGGAACAAGUCGGUGGGACAACAAUGCUAUCGAUGCAAUACGAGCUUAGUGACGAAGAACCCACAGGCCGCAAGUUUAUGGCCCCUGGCAGUAGUGUCCGGGCAUACGGGUGCAGUGUUAAACCGUUCCUUCAAAAGAGUAAUCAGUCAUCUCCCGGUGCGAUAAGUUUGGUUACCUUUUUUUCUACCCUUUUUGCGACGGCAAAUCCCGGCUGUUGCUUUGUGUACUGAUAAUGAGCGUGUGUGGUGUGUAUGGAAAUUCGGGGGCCCGUCUUGUACAUAUGGUAGACGCCGCAUCAGCGUGGAACGAUCAGUUCAACACGGGAAGUGAAACACGGCGCAAGUGUGUCUGAAACAAGUGACCUACGGCGGAGAAACAAUUCAACCGGUAGCAGCUUGCCAUUUGCCAUUCGUGUGUGCGUAGAUCAAGCAACGUAUAAAUCAGGUGUCGUGUACGCAGAUCGUAGUGUGCCGGUGAAACGAUUAAAGUGUGCAUAAUGUUGCGUCAAGUGAGCAAGUCUGAUUUGUUGACCAAGCAGUUCGACAAACUGCUGGUACCACUCUUCUCAACACAAUCUCCCAUGCCAGCAUCAGGACUUCGUCAAAGUUCAUCGUCUGCACGGACAGUGGUGCCUAUGAACAAUCAUCACGCAUUGUUGACUGGCCGCAACAAGUAUGGACUCGCAAAUAUCAACGGAAUGGCAAAGAACGGAUACGGUCACGCAGCUACGGCGCUGAAAGCCCAACCAAAAUCCCAAGCCGUGUUCGAUCGCGAGGACAAGUUCGGAGCGCACAACUACCAUCCACUGCCGGUGGCACUGGCCCGGGGAGAAGGUGUGUACGUUUGGGACGUCGAAGGCAAGCGGUACUACGACUUCCUGAGCGCAUACUCUGCCGUCAACCAGGGCCACUGUCAUCCAAAGAUCGUGCAAGCCUUAACGGAACAGGCACAAGUGUUGACUCUUACCUCGAGAGCUUUCUACUCGAACGUGCUUGGCGAGUAUGAACAGUUUGUGACCAAUCUGUUCGGCUACGACAAGGUGCUGCCGAUGAAUACGGGCGUCGAGGGAGGCGAGACGGCCUGCAAGCUGGCCCGCAAGUGGGGCUAUAAGGUGAAACAGAUUCCCGAAAACAAGGCCAAAAUCAUCUUCGCCGAGGGCAACUUCUGGGGCCGCACGCUGGCCGCCGUGUCGUCGUCGAACGAUCCUAGCAGCUACGCCGGGUUCGGACCGUUCAUGCCUGGGUUCGAGCUGAUACCGUACAAUGACACAGCCGCUCUCGAGAAAGCCUUGCAGGACCAGCACGUGUGUGCGUUUAUGGUGGAGCCGAUACAGGGCGAGGCGGGUGUAGUCGUGCCGGACGAAGGCUACCUGCGCAAGGUGCGCGAGCUUUGCUCCAAGUACAACGUGCUGUUUAUUGCGGAUGAGGUACAGACGGGCUUGGCCCGUACGGGACGCAUGCUGGCCGUCGAUCACGAGGACGUGAAGCCGGACAUUCUCAUCCUCGGCAAGGCUCUCUCCGGUGGCGUGUAUCCCGUGUCGGCUGUUCUUGCCAACGAUCCGGUAAUGCUGUGCAUUCAACCAGGCGAGCACGGCUCAACGUACGGAGGCAAUCCGCUCGGUUGUAAGGUGGCCAUCGCUGCGCUGCAAGUGCUGGUGGAGGAAAAACUUUCCGAAAACGCUGAACGUAUGGGUCAGCUGUUGCGCAGCUCGUUGCGCGAGCUGCCCACGGACGUCGUGUCAAUCGUACGUGGCAAGGGGCUGUUGAACGCGAUCGUUAUCAAUCCUAACUUUGAUGCGUGGGAAGUGUGUUUGCGGUUGAAGGAAAAUGGAUUGAUUGCAAAACCUACGCAUGGGGACAUUAUACGGUUCGCGCCUCCUUUGACGAUCAACCAGGAGCAGCUGGAGGAUUGUUUGCACAUUAUCAAAACGACAAUUAUGUCGUUUGUGCAAAAGUAAUCGUGCUCGGAAAUAACAGGAGGAUCGCGUCAUGAAACAUUUAUAGAGCUUCUCAUCCGACACUUCAGAAAGGCUUAAAUUCGUGUUAAUCCACCAUUGAUUCCACCUGCAAAACGUCCGAUGGAAUCUAACCCGUAGUCAUAGCAAUGGCGUGGGUGAGAACUCGCACCUCCCAAUGAAAUAGCCUUUCGAUUCACAACUCGAAUAGGCGUCACUUUGUGUUUGGUACAAAGAAACGUUGGUUAUAUUGAGUUAUUUCUAUUUUACCACUCUUUUCAGAUCGCGGUAUUUAAAUGUAAAGAGAAGUAAAUUACAGGAUAUUCACAAUUCAUGGUAUGAGAGGCUUGUAAAGAAGAACGUUAGAUUUUAAGAUAAGAUUUUAUGUACUGAUUUAAAGAGGCUAAUGACAUCAAUUAGCUCAAAGUAAAUAUAUAUAUAUAGAAUAAAGAAAAAAAGGUAUGGAAAUAGUUGGGUCCAGAUAGGAAUCGAUUUUCGAACGAGCUUAUUAUAUGUAAGGGAAAACGGGGCAAAAUGAGCAUGUUAUGCAGUUUUAUGACUAUUUGUUUUAAUUUUCCAAGAAACACAAUUAUUUUUUCUUUUUUCUAUGCUUUUACUAUUUAAGUAUGGAUUAAAAUUGCUACAAGGCAUCAUAUUAACGCAUUAAUGUAAAGAAAACCUGUAAAUAAGCGUUGAUCUUUCACGUGUUGCCCACAACAACAGCGCUUAAGUAAUGACCAAAGCUUUUGCACACGCGAAGAUAUAUGUUCUCUCUCUAUCUUUCGAUCCUGCAAAUUGUUUCAAAACUGUACUUUUAAAAUAAAAACACUUUCAAAACAUCGACAGAAUCGGAUCUUUUCCAGCUACAUUUAUGUUGUGGACAAAUACAAAUAUAAGAAUGUUUAUAUUUUUUUAUAUUAACAAAAAUACUAUAAAAAUACUAUAACUUUGAAAAUAAACCAUCUAAACCCUUCACGCAUCCCUGCGACAUUACUGAAAGCUUAUUUUCGAAGUGCUAAAAUGGCAUCAUAAUUAUUUUUUAUUGUUGUAUAUAAACUUAUAACAUUACAUGUUGUUGAAACACUCCAAAGAAUAAAUUUUGAGUUUGUAAAUUCACCUUUCCUGUAAAAUAAUCCUUGAUAAAGGAUUUCUAUGUUGCCCCGUUUUCCGUUACUAACGUUUCUGUAAAUUUGUUAAGUAGGCUGAGCAGCUGAAUUAAGCAGAUGAUGGUUUGCAAUGUUCAAUUAAUUGCCCCGCGAUUGAGAAUCGCUCUUGUAGUAAACAUGUCCAAACAUUGCAAAACCUUGCAAAACGUGGUGAUUAGGUUAUUAUUACGUUUUACUCUGCGAAGAAUAGCGUAGAAACACGAUCCGGUCAAAUAUUCACAUUCAACCGACUAUAAAACUGUCCAUAUUUGUGUUGUUCUCUGGCAUCUUAUACAGUGGCGGCCACCUAAAGUCGGACACCUCAUAGUUUAACCUAUUAUCUGAUUUUGCGGCACCCUGGACAGUUCCGUAGACCGCUUAUCGGAAAACUUUCUUCACACGUCUUUGAGGACACUUUUUAGCUAUGCACAUGCAAAAAAUCAGACCGAUAUCUUUUAAAAUAUCAGAACACCAUUCAUAAAUGUGGUAGAAGGUAUGAAAUUUAUUAUCCGACUAAAAGUCGGAGUCUUCAUUUCAUAGUGAAAUGAUCACGUAAUUUGCCAGUAUUAGCUAUAUAAUGGGCCGGUCUCGUAGUACAGUCGUCAACUCGUACGACUUAAUAACAUGCCCGUUAUGGGUUCAAGCCCCAAAUGGACCGUGCCGCCAUACGUAGGCGAGGACUGACUAGCCUGCUAUGGGGGGGAUCGAUCAAUAAGUCACUGAAAGCCAAGCCCAGAAGUAAGUGGUAUAGUUGGUGAUUUAGGCAGGCCUUGACCGACAACGGUUGUUGAGCCAAAAGAGGAAGAAGAAGCUAUAUGAUGCUAAAAUCAUUUGAUAUCAGUUUUUAAAGGCCCAUCGACUAUUUUCAGUUGUCAUCUGCGUAACCUAAGCGAAGCGCUCUAUUAUGGCCUCAUUCAGCCAAAUACCGUUUCUGCAAGGUUCCAAAAGAAGUAGUACAGGUGUCCCCCGAGAUACGACUGUAUUUGAGACCGAAAAAAUGUCCCAAAACAAGGCGUAAGUCGAAAAAGUCGUAUGUCGAAUAUCUGUGAAUAUAAAAUAUAUAACUGAUGUUGAAGAGUUGGAAUCUAUGAUAUCGUGUAUUUUAUUUAAAAUAAUGUUCGAUAAUGUAAUAACAUAAUAAUAAUAUAUUUUUAAAACCGUACACAAUAUAGAUAUUCAAGAUAGGGUAGUUGUGGAAUCUUUGGAAAUGUGUGUAUAACGGUUAUCAGCGCAGAUAUUCUAAAAAAUACAUCAAUUUCUUGUCUUCUUCUUCUUCUUCUGUUUAGGUUGAUGGGUUACAUCCUCCUAUACUCUCUUUUUGGGAGGUAUAAUCAGAGGCGUACCAUCUGAGUUUGGGAGUGGACUGUCAUCCAUGUCUCCUUUUUUUGUCCAGGUUGGUUUAUAUUAUGUCGUUAGUUACUUAGUCUUUUUUCCGUUAUUUCCUCCGUUCAUUAUUAUUAUUAUAAUUUUUUUUUGUAUUGUAUUGUAUUUUUACUACGUUAUACCGGGCUAGAUUCGGUUUAUUAUUUCUAAGCGAUUUUUCCAUUAGGUUCCCCUUUCAUGGUCUUUCAUUAAAUUAAAUUUAAAUCUUUUUUUUCUUUUUUUUUUCGUUUGUGUUUGUGGGCUGUGCUGGUUUUUUUUAUGAAUGAAUUAUUAUUAUUAUUAUUUUUGUGAGGUAAGAGAAUAGUUGUUCUGUUUGUUUGUUUUGUAUGCGGUUGUAUGGUUAUUGCUUAUUAUUCUGCUUAUUAUUUUUAUUUUUUAACAUCCCUCUGUUUCUGAAUUGGGAUUUGCCAUAUUAAGGGAUUUGCCAUCUUAAUAAAUAUGUCAAUAAAUGUGAAGGAACGAGGUGGAAAAUGUUAUGAAUAUAUAGACUGCAGUACGUAAUGAAAGUAUGUAUGAAAUGUAACCGUUUGUAUAUAUGAUGUGUAUUUAGUUGUCCCUGAACCUAAAGUUUCUAUAUUUCUUGUCAAUGACAACUUUUAACUGUCAAAAUCAAAAUCGUCGUAUCUGCGAAUCGUCGUAACUCGAGGAGGUCGUAACUCGGGGGACGCCUUUAUAGUAAUUUUAUAGAGAAUGUUAAAAUUUUUCAUAAUCUUAGAGUUACUUAAUCAUUUAGAAGUAUCAUGAAUGUAUGAAAUAGUGAAGAAUUACUGCCUAGCCUGUCAUUGAAGACUUAAUUGCCUCAAUGCCGUUGUUCACUAUUUAGAUAGAAUAACUACUGCUUCAAAUUGGUUGACCAUUUUUGUUCCGGGCUUGGUUACUGAGCAUGUUUGAGCAUGUUAAUAAUAAGAAUCGUAUCUCUCUUUAGCAAGGUAAUGAAUAAGGCUUAGUGCCAUAAGCGCCUAUGCAUCCCCAUAACUUUCUAGAUACCCUAACAAGCAUCAACGGUUUGAGCAUGAAUAUUCCUUCUAGAUUUUAACAGCCUGCGCGACAUUUUAUGCAUCAAAACUAUUGUUUUUUGCUUUAUUGAUGCAUACAUUCUGAAUCAAAAAUAAUAUUUUAAGAAUUCCUUGACUGUUUGCCUUAAACUUUGAACAAAAUGUCAUUUUCUUACUAGAGUAAAGCCUAUCGUUAUAAAUUUGUUACAACCGAUAGCUCUGACGCGGUCUUCUGUUUCGCCAUUUUGUUUCGUUGUCUUAUCCAUUGAAUAUGUUCGCGUAGUCUUAAGCUCGAUGUCUCAAACAUGAAUCAUUAUUGUUUGUAUCAAUAAACCGCAAAAAUGGAUGCUAUUGAAGACUUCACCACAUGGUUGUAACCAAAUAUUUCUUUAA